AUGAUCAUCGGAAGCAGAAUAAGCUGGUGGCCGCGAACCGAACCGAACUCUUGUUCAAGUCCCAAGCCGGCGAAGUGGCCAUUCUUCGUGUGCCAGAUCUGCUUCGAAACGUCGACGCAAGAUUCCUUCAACCCAAAGGGCUGCGACCACGUGUACUGCACCGCCUGCACCGCGAAAUACAUCGACACCAAACUCUCCGACAACAAGAACCGGAUCCUCUGCCCGUGGGAGGCUUCGCUGGCCGAGUCUGCCAUCGAUGAUGCCCACAAGCUGUACUGUCCUUACCCGGAUUGCUCCGCUUUGCUGAUCAACGACGGCGCUGGCGGCUGCCGCCCUGGCCGCUGGCUGUUCUUCCGCCGGGCGUUCUGCGUCAGGUGCAGGGUCCCCUGGCACUCGAGGAUGGACUGCGGAAAGUACCAGAGGUCAAAGGCUAAAAGAGAAGACAAGAUGGUCGUGGAACUUGCUAAGGCGAACCAGUGGAAGAGAUGCCCCGGCUGCAGGAUGUACGUUUCGAAACAGAGUGGCUGCAGCCAUAUUAUAUGCAGGUGUCGAGCCGAAUUUUGCUAUAUUUGUGGUGCUCGCUACUCAAUUGAGCAUUGUUGUCGAUUACAAUAA